GUAGGUGAGAUUCCGAAAUACGAAAUUUUCUAAGGUUUGAGUUUCGCCUUUCGGAGUUCCUAGCGGAUAAUAGAAAGUUCAUAUAGUUUGGUAAUUCAGAAGAUAUGGUGAUACUAGAAUUUUCCAACUGGUAAACAGUUGUUUUUUCCGGCAAGGUCUCUGAAACACACAUAGCGUCGACGCGUCGUUACCUUGGCGACCAAACGGUGAAGCUUACAGCGCCCCCCUCCCCUUCUCAAACUUCUGAGUGAUUCAAGAUCACUGCAGCAGAUUUUAUUUUCUACCGGUGAAGAAAAAUGGCGGACGAAGACGCGACUACGUUGGCAACGCUGAACUACUACUGCCGUGAGAGGCUGUACAGAACCAUGCAGAAGACGGCCAUGGAGGGGCUGAAGAAAUACGGCAACGAUCCUGUCCUCAUCUUCUUUAAGGCUUAUGGCAUCCUCUUAGAAGAUCGCCUGCAGGAAGCCAUGCGUGAACUUGAAGCCAUCAAAGACAAGCGUGACGUGAACUUGUGCUCCACACUGGCUCUGAUGUACGCUCACAAGAAGUGCAAGACUGUUGAUCGUGAGGCAGUAGCAGAGCUGGAUGCGAAGCUCAAAGAUGAGAGAAAGCAAGCUGGAGAAAAGGCCCUGUACUUUGCUGGGUUGUUCCUGUGGCACACAGGCAGACACGACAAGGCCAGAGAGUACAUUGACAGGAUGCUCAAGAUAUCCAAUGGGGCCAAAGAUGGCCUGAUCCUGCGAGGCUGGAUAGACCUAACCUGUGGCAGGGACCAGUAUGUCAAGAAGGCUGCCAAGUACUUUGAUGAGGGCAUGUCGAGUUCUCAGGAUGCAUUUGCCCUGCUGGGUAAGGCUGAGUACUACGGCAUGCGGCAUAACUACAGCGGCGCGCUGGAGAUUGUGAACCAGGCCAUCGUGGCCUUCCCCAACUUCCUGCCUGCACUGGUGGAGAAAAUGAGACUUCAGCUGGCCUUACAGGACUGGGAACAGACCAUAGAAACUGCACAGAGAAUACAGGCUAAGGACUCCCACUGUCUGGAGGCCCACCGUAUGCUGGUGUUACACAUGCUGUGUAGGGAGGGCAGCUACAGUGAGGCCAGUAACAAGUUAGGAGAGCUGAUCCAGUACUUGGAUAGGUUCGAACCCCAGAACCCAUACCUGUACAUGGACAUGUCUCAGGCCUUCUGUAGACUGGCUGGACGUAACAUCCAGGUUCUGCAGCAGACGUUCACGAUGGUGGACCGCGCCCUGGGGAUGGCACAGAACAGCGCAGAGAUCGCCACAGAGCUGGGGUACGAGUUCCUGCUGCAGGGGAAGAUCAGGGAGGCCGUCAAGUGCUACAGGAACGCCAUGAAACUGGACGAGACCAGCGUGGCAGCUCUUACUGGCAUCAUUAAGUGCCAGUUGCUAGAUGGUCAGUUGGAAGAUGCAGAGCAGCAGCUGGAGUUCCUGAAUGAGAUCCAACAGUCUAUUGGCAAGUCUGGGGAGCUGUCGUACCUGAGUUCCGUCCUGGCCCGUAAGAGGCACCAGCCUCCAGAGAAGGUUCUGGCUCUACUGAAUGAGUCCGUUGAGGCCCAUUUCUCAACGCUUAAGGGUCUGCCACUUGGACCUGAGUACUUCACCAGGCUGAAUCCAGACUUUCUUCUGGAGGUCAUCAAUGACUUCAUGCUGUUUGCACCCACACAGCCUAGCUCUCCAGGCCAGCCUGUGGGUCCUGUACUGAAGAGGUGCCAGGGUAUGCUGGACCCUCUCACCAAGGCUGUGCCAGGCCUGCUAGAGGGGCUAUAUCUGCUCUCCAAGUGUAAAUUCCUCUCAGGAGAAGUGGACUCUGCCUUCAACACCCUCCACCAUGUUUUAGAGCAGGAACCGACAUAUUCAGAUGCACAUCUGCUCAUGGCUGAGAUCCACCUUCACCAGGGGAAUUUUAAACUGUCCUCCCAGUCUCUGGAGAUGGCUCUCAGCUACAACUUUGAGAUUCGAGAGUCCCCUAAGUACCAUCUGAUCAAGGCUCGAGCCUCCAAGAAAAUGGGUCAACAUGAGGAGGCCGUGAAGACUCUACAGAUGGCCAUGAACCUCCCGGGGCUGAAGAGAAGUGGCAGUGCGUCCAGCAAGAAGAGUAAGGCUGGGAAGAUCAGCACCACGGAUAAGGUGUCUGUGUACCUGGAGCUGGCCGAGGCACACAGGAUGCUGGGACAGCAGCAUGAAGCUGCGAAGGUGAUGCAGGACGCCAUUAACGAGUUCCAGGGCACGCCCGAGGAGAUCCGUAUCACCAUCGCUAACGCCGACCUGUCACUCAACCGCGGGGACAUCGAGAUGUCGCUCAGCAUGCUCCGAAACAUCACACCAGAACAGCCGUAUUACGUCCAGGCUAAGGAAAAGAUGGCUGACAUCUACCUGAAUCACCGCAAGGAUAAGAGACUAUUUGCCAGCUGCUACAGGGAGCUCCACGAGAAACAGCCCAGCUCCCAUACUGCACUGCUGCUGGGUGACGCCUACAUGAGUAUUCAGGAGCCCGAGAAGGCAAUAGAAGUGUACGAGUCUGCGUUGAAGAGAAACCCCCGGGAUGCCACCUUGGCCAGUAAGAUUGGGCAAGCUCUGGUGAAGACACACAACUAUGGCAAGGCGAUCAACUACUAUGAGGCUGCGCUGAAGUCUGGCGGGCAGAACUUCCUGCGGUACGACCUUGCCGAGCUGCUGCUGCGACUGCGGCAGUACGACAAGGCCGAGAAGGUGCUCAGGGUCGCGCUCGAGAAGGAAACUGCCUCAGACCUGCAGGCCUUGAUGGACGAGACUCGCUGCCAGGUUCUCCUCUCCAAGGUGCACCACAAAGCAGGGAAGAUUGAGGAGGCCUUAGGAGCCCUGAACAAGGCUAGGGACACCCAGGCUAGGGUGCUGAAGAGAGUCCAUGUGGAGCAGCCUGAUGCUGUACCUGCACAGAAACAGCUGGCAACCAGCAUCUGUAGCCAGAUGGCCCAGCAUGCUAAGGAGCAGAGGGACUACGACAAGGCCAUCAAGUUCUACAAGGAGGCUCUGGUAUACAGUGAUAAUGACGGCAAGGCUAUGUUGGAGUUGGCUCGGCUGUACCUGGCCCAGGAUGACCUGGACGCCUGUCAGCACCAGUGUGCCAUUCUACUCAAGACUGACAAGGAGAACGAUGCUGCCACCAUGAUGAUGGCAGACCUGAUGUUCCGUAAGAAUGAGUAUGACCAGGCCACGUUCCACUACCAGCAGCUGUUAGAGAGGUCUCCAGAGCACUAUGAAGCCUUGUCCAGGCUGAUUGACCUUCUCAGAAGGGCGGGACGGCUAGACGACGUGCCCAAACUCCUGACCCAGGCAGAGAAUGCAUCGUCCCGUGCACCCAUGGACCCCGGCUUUAACUACUGCAAGGGGCUACAGGAGUGGUACACAGGAAACCCCAACAACGCCCUCAAGCUGUUCAACAUCGGUCGUAAGGACCGUGAAUGGAGUCAGAAGGCUGUGGUCAACAUGAUUGAGAUCUGUCUGAACCCUGACAAUGAGACCAUCGGAGGGGAGACCUUUGAAAGUGUGACUGAUGACAAUAGCUCUGCAGAAAGUGACCAAAUUGCAGUGAAGACAGCAGAAAAGCUGAUCAAGGAGCUGAAGGCAGAUCCCAACUCCUACAAGCAGAGAAUCCUGGAGAACUACGUCCUGAUGGCCACAAAGUCUAAGUCUAACGUGGAGAAGGCUCUGUCUGCAUUCAUGGAGAUUGUAACUGUCGAGAGGGACCAUGUGGGAGCUCUGCUGGGCAUGGCUACAGCCUACAUGAUCCUGAAACAGACACCGCGAGCCCGGAACCAGCUCAAACGCAUCGCCAAGAUGAACUGGACAUUCGAGGAUGCUGAGGAUUUUGAGAAGAGCUGGCUGCUGCUGGCGGAUGUGUACAUCCAGUCUGGGAAGUACGACAUGGCCAGCGAACUACUCAAGAAGUGCCUGCAGCACAACAAGUCUUGCUGCAAAGCCUAUGAGUACAUGGGGUUCAUCAUGGAGAAGGAACAGGCCUACAGAGAUGCAGCCAACAACUAUGAACUGGCCUGGAAGUACAGCAACCAGUCCAACCCUACCAUAGGCUACAAGCUUGGCUUCAAUUACAUGAAAGCAAAGCGUUACGUGGAUGCAGUGGAUAUCUGCCACAAGGUCCUAGCUGUCCACCCAAACUACCCCAAGAUACGCAAGGACAUUCUGGAGAAGGCUCGCAGUAUGAUGAGAGCUUAAACUGUCCAAGUGAAAAAAACAGAUCAUAGAUUCAAUAGAGCUACUGUAUUAUCAUUUGGUCAUGUACAUGUAACUGGGUGAAAUAUGAUCAGUAUAUAUUUCGUUUGGUGUUUAUAGAUUUUUAUUCGUAUAGCUGGAGACUUUGGGUGGCAAGAUUGUAGAUUUUGUGAUGAAAAGAGACCUAAUGUGCAUGUAAAUUUAAAAGAUAAACUGUCUUCGAGAUGAAAUUGUUCUGUCAUUAUUGUGAUUUGUAUAUAAGCAUCUAAUGUUGUGAUGGACAGUCUGCUUUUUUCUAUGUAUAACUUCUCAUUGUAAGCAACAAAGCACAAGGUAUCUAGUUGCUCUAAAAUUUAACUCUCUUUUAUGUAGAUGUUAUGUUAAGAGAACCUUAUAUCACUGCAUUUACAUGUAUGUGCACGAUGGCGAUUCUUUUGAGUACAUCAUACAAAACUUACUGCUUGCUGUAACAGUUGUAGAUAUCAAAUGUAAAUAGCACAGUCUAUUGAAGAAAAAGAGUGAUUAAUACUUUAAAUAU